AUGAAAACGUAUAGGGUGAAAUUGGAAGAGGAGCUAACACUUGGAAUUGAGAACGUACGACCAGAAUCCACUCUUUUCUACAACAGGAGCGGUGUCAUACGGGAAAAUAGUGCCAAAAUAGUACCAACUGGUAUAAAUGAAAUAACAUCGGAUGGAACAGGUGUAAUAUUUCAUAUUCUGGGCGCAAAUCCAACAGAAGAGAACAAAUACGUUUCAACCAAGGCAGAUUGGAUUGGAUUUGACACUUCAGUGAACGUGGAGAAAACAAACACAUUUCACCUGGAACACCACUACAAAAAGGAUGACGAGUGUGCUAGAAUGGUGGCAUUACGAUGCUACUGUGGAGCAUUUGAGGAAGUGAAGACACUUGAUGAAACUGUACGAGGAGACAAAGGGUACGGUUCAACAGGUUUCAAAUAA